AAUAGUAAUGCAGCCUUAGUGAAUAGUUUGACAGUAUUGAGGGAAUUAUUUAUUUAGCAGACUGAUGGUGUUUGGGGAGAAAACUUUUUAUACAUUAUACAACAGGUGGCUGUUAAAUCCAAUAUACAGUGUAACGUUGUCCAAAAUUUAUCUUGCAUGAAAGAUAUUAGAAGCCAUGAUUCAGACAUACCCAAACACAAGACCUCUUAUAGCAUCAAAACAGCCUGAUAUUUUAAAGCAGGGGUGUCCAACUUUGGCAACUUUAAUACUUGUGGACUUCAACUUCCAGAAUUCCUCAGCCAGCCAUGCUUUAACUUUAAGCUCACAAGUCUUAUGAGCAUGAGUUACUAAGGUUAGACACUCGUUUUAAAGGUUGGAGCCUUAAAAGGUUGCUGCUACCUUAAGGACUCCGUUCAUUAAGACAAGCUUUAAAAGCACCAGGUCUAUUUUUUCCAGCUUGCACAGAAGCUUGAAAAAGAAUGGGCUCCUUUAAUAAACAGCAGGGAAGUGCUUGUGCGUGGUUCAAAGCAUAACUCUAAAUCGUUUUCAAAGUAUUCUACAGAGCAAAACUACAGAGUGAAAGUCCUGUUGCGUAACAGUAAUGUGUUGCUGGCAUGAGAGAACUUAGUUUUGUUAAUAGUUUACCAAAGGCAUCUCCAGCUGAAAAAAGUAUGCUAUCAGCUAAAGGGAAAGACUUCUGCUUAAUACCCAGAAUAAACGCAGUCCCCCUUGGAACAGAAUGACUUCUAACGUAAGGGGGAAGUGUGUGCUUGUAUGCAAUGUCCCUGUGUAACCAAUGAAUCCUAAAGCUGUUUAAGGACUCAUAAUUUCAGAGUGUGCAUUCAUUCCAUCUUAUAUACCAUGCUGAACUUUAUGGAGAUGGAGUUAGUGAACACCUUCGGCUUCUUGUGCUGCUAAAUUCCAAAUAUUCCCAGUCAAGUCGGUUAAAAACGGGAGUUUAGACACGCGGAGGGCUCCGAGCUACCGAUUUCACCCUUCGGCCAACAGCUACCCCUAGCGGCGGCUGCGGGAAGCAAAACAUAUUAUCUCGCGCAUUUAAAAUCUCGCUGCCGAAUUCGCCGCGGUCAACAGGUUUAACCAGCGAGGUAACUCCGAGACGAGGUCACCAACCAAACAUUAAACUCCCGUGUUCCCGGAUAACGACGUCUAUCCUUCCCCGACCACGUGGACGGCGUCCCAGAACCCGAAGGCCCAAAAGGAAAAGGCGUCCGUUUCCCAAGCGGAGAAAGACCGAGCCAGGUACUUUUGUUUUUAACCAACUAGCCCAUCGCUUCUCGCGUCUCACCGCUGGUAAAGGGGGACGGACGGGCGGAGGCAAAAAAACAAAAACCCCUUGAGAGGAAGGUGGGGAUCGAGUCGGCUCUUCCAAGACUUAAGACAAAGUUUGGCGACGCUGCUCCGCGUGAGAGGUUUGCUUUCCGAGGCGGUUGCGUGCACCGGGUGUUUUCACUCUUCGGGAUAAUUUCACUUCAGCCUCGCUUGCCAUCGACGUUUGGGGAGUUGGGGUGGCGAGCGCGGGAAAAAAGAAGAGGCAAGAAAGGGGCGACUACUUGCCCGAGGGCGCUUGGGAAGGGGGGGGUAUCCGGUAUUGGUCGCCGCGUCCCGAGCGUUUCAUUGAUUACUUUCGCUCGCUCCCCAAGUUUACACCCAAGUGAGCAAUGUUGGGAGGAGGAGGAGAAGGGAGCCUGUUGCGUCGAUUAUUCCCGGCACGCCCGACCUGCCCGGGAAAAGACCCGGACAUGCCCUAAAGCUGCCUGGCCUGAGAACGGCCGUUCCCUGCGCCUUGACACGUCCCCCCGUCCUUCCAAAGCCGGGUUGGGGCUGGCUGGCUUGCGCGUUCCCUCGGUCCACACCCCCCACCCCGGUGCCUCUCUUGGCCAGUAUAUUUUUAGGUCAUUGGAGUGGAGGGGUAGGUAAUCCCCGGGCUCAGGUUCCAAAGGAGGCGGGUUCCGGCCGGAGGUGGAGUCACUUUUUCAUUUAAAUCCCCGACUAUAAAAUGGGUUUAAGGAGAAGCGGGAUCUCAUCAGCUGAGGCGCCCAGAGGAGCUGGUGGGAGUGAGCGGCGGGGGAGGCAAGCGGGAGGCUCGGGACCACAGCGUGGGUGCCCAGCAGAGCUGCCACUCCUGCCGCGGCGAUGCUACACUCCGUGGGCGCCCAAACCUUGCAAGCGCUCAGCCAGGUGGCCGCCGGCGUGCUCCUCCUGCCCCGCUUCCUCCUGACCGCUGUGAUGCUCUGGCUCCUGGAUUUUCUCUGCAUCCGGAAGAAACUCUUGCUGACCGCCGCGGCGGCGGCGGCACCUGGUGAGGAGCAAGAGUUGGCGGCAGAGGACGACGGCGACUCGAGCGACGGGACCUGCCCGCCGGACGACCCUCCGCUCUGCGUCUCCGACUCGAACCGCAUGUUCACGCUGGAGUCGCUCAAAGCUGUGUGGCACGGGCAGAAGCUGGACUUUUUCAAGGCGGCGCACGUCGGCGCGACGGCACCCAACCCAGAGGUCGUCCAGCUGGACGGGCGCACGCGGCUGCGCAUCCUGGACUACGCCCGGGGCAAGAGGCCGCUGAUCCUCAACUUCGGCAGCUGCACCUGACCGCCCUUCAUGGCGCGCCUGCGCGCUUUCGAGCGCCUGGCCACGCGCUUCGUGGACAUCGCCGACUUCUUGCUGGUCUACAUCGAGGAGGCUCACCCUUCCGACGGCUGGGUCAGCUCGGACGCCGCCUACGACAUCCCCAAGCACCAGUGCUUGCAGGACCGGCUGCGCGCGGCUCAGCUGAUGAAGGAAGGCGCGCCGGGCUGCCCGCUGGCCGUGGACACCAUGGACAACGCCUCCAGCGCCGCCUACGGGGCGUACUUCGAGCGCAUCUACAUUAUCCAGGAGCGGAAGGUGAUAUACCAGGGCGGCCGGGGCCCCGAGGGCUACAAGAUCUCCGAACUCAGGCGCUGGCUCGACCAGUACAAGAGCAGCCUCCGGGCCGGGCCCAGCACCGUCAUCGUUCAGGUGUAAGGAAGACUCCCCGGCGGAGAGCAAAGGGGACGGGAAGGAAAGAGCGCAGCUCGAACUGCUGCGCUCGCCUUUCCCGCCCCUUUCCGUAACUCCCGAGAGACUCUGUGUGAGUUUUCAUGCGAGACGUUAUUCAAAUCAUGUUGAUUUGCCCAGCACUUGUUAUUGACAUCCAUUUCCACGUGCAGUUUUGUUUCCCUUUAUUUCCGGAUUGCGCGCGUGAACGAACAGUUCUCGCUCUCUCUCCCUCUCUCCCUCUCUCUCUUGCGGGGAGGGUUGGGGGACGCGCUUCCUGGUUGUUUUGGAGGGCCUGUUGCUGAGCGUGUGCGUGCACGUGCGGGCUUCGGGUGUACGUGUGCGCGGGUGUUUCCGAUGGGAACGGUCUUCUGCCCUGCACGUGUGUCUGUUGGGGAGAAGUUUCGCGUGCCCGAGCGGCGUGUGUUCUCUCCUUAUUGUUCCUCUCUCUCCGCUCUCCUAGCAAAAACCUUGGCUGGGAGUUCUAGCGUUUCUUUAUGAUGACCGGUUUCGAAAUGGUUUUGGAGCGCCAGGAAACCGAGUCUGAAAUUGGGAGAUGCC